GUCGCUGAAGCGCUGGAGCGAGGAGCGCGGCGUGUGGUGCGAGAAGGGCGUGCAGGUGCUGCUGACCACGGUGGGCGCCUUCGCCGCUUUCGGCCUCAUGACCAUCGCCAUCAGCACCGACUACUGGCUCUACACGCGCGCCCUCAUCUGCAACACCACCAACCUCACGGCCGGCGCCGACGACGCGCCUGCCCCCCGCGGGGGCUCCGGCUCCGGCUCGGAGCGCAAGGACCCGGGCGGCCUCACGCACUCGGGCCUGUGGCGCAUCUGCUGCCUGGAAGGACUGAAAAGAGGCGUCUGCGUCAAGAUCAACCACUUCCCGGAGGACACGGACUACGACCAUGACAGCGCGGAGUAUCUGCUCCGCGUCGUCCGGGCCUCCAGCAUCUUCCCCAUCCUCAGCGCCAUCCUGCUGCUGCUGGGCGGCGUGUGCGUGGCGGCCUCCCGGGUCUACAAGUCCAAGCGGAACAUCAUCCUGGGCGCGGGGAUCCUGUUUGUGGCGGCAGGCCUGAGCAACAUCAUCGGCGUGAUCGUGUACAUCUCGGCCAACGCGGGCGAGCCGGGCCCGAAGCGCGACGAGGAGAAGAAGAGCCACUACUCGUACGGCUGGUCCUUCUACUUCGGCGGGCUGUCCUUCAUCCUGGCCGAGGUGAUCGGCGUGCUGGCCGUCAACAUGUACAUCGAGCGCAGCCGCGAGGCGCACUGCCAGUCGCGCUCGGACCUGCUCAAGGCCGGCGGGGGCGCGGGCGGCAGUGGCGGGAGCGGCCCCUCGGCCAUCCUCCGUCUGCCCAGUUACCGCUUCCGCUACCGCCGCCGCUCCCGCUCCAGCUCCCGCUCCAGCGAGCUGUCUCCGUCGCGGGACGCGUCCCCGGGCGGCCCCGGCGGGCCCGGCUUCGCCUCCACGGACAUCUCCAUGUACACGCUCAGCCGCGACCCGUCCAAGGGCAGCGUGGCGGCGGCGGGCGGCGGGGCGGCGGGCGCGUUCGGCGGGGCGGCGGGGGCCGGCGGCGCGGGCGGCGAGCGGGACCGUGCGGGCGCGCCCGGCUUCCUCACGCUGCACAACGCCUUCCCCAAGGAGGCGGCGGGCGGCGCGGGCGGCGGGGUCACGGUCACCGUCACCGGGCCGCCCUCCGCGCCCGCGCCCGCGCCGCCCGCCGCGCCCGCCGCGCCCGCGCCCGGGACCCUGGCCAAGGAGGCCGCGGCCUCCAACACCAACACGCUCAACAGGAAGACCACGCCGGUGUAGGGGCGCGGGGCGCGGGCCCCCCGGGGGGCGUCCGGGGC